ACUCUCCUUCAGCUUCAGUUCCCGCUAACUCUCUCUCUCUCUCUCCUUCUUCUCCUUCAACAUAGAAGAAGAAGCAGAAGCCUGACCCUUCGCGUCAACCGCUCUGCUCACUUCCUCCACUCCCACCAUCUCCCAUCUCUCUCUCUCUCUCUGUGGAACCGUUACGCCAUUCUCGCUGCCUUUCCCUGUAGAAAAGCGGCUGAAUUGAUUAAACGCUUCCCCUUCAGAGGAAAUUUGCAGUAACUCUCUCCCUCCCUCUCUCUCUCUCUCCCCUUCCAUGCACUCCUAACGUAUCCGUUGAUUUUGCCCCUCUCCUCCCUCCUCCUCCUCCUGUUCUCUUCAUAAAGUUUCGGGGGGCUGGCGAUGGCUUGCCGCUGAGCUCCGCAUUGAUGGACGAUAAAGAUCCGAUUUUUAAUCUCCCCCCGCGAAGGGUGAGGGUGGCGCUGGAGUGUGAGUUAUUGGGUCGGCAUUAUUAACGACGCUGCUGCUGCUGCUUGCUUCAUUCAGUUCUGCUCCGUCUCUCGCUUAAAGUUUUUUGUUUUUUUUGUUUUGUUUUGAGAUCGGAAGAGUUGUGGGUCUGGAGUUCCUUUUUAAUUCCCCGACAACAUCGUUUAUUUUUUUUAUUUUUUAUUUUUAUGAUCGUGUCGUUGUUGGGUAUGAGAUGAUGGGGAUGGCCUGCAGCUAAUGAGUAAUGAUCAUGGUGGAGAUCAAGGAGUGCGGCCCCGACAUUAGCUGCGUCCGCGGAAUUCUCGAUUCCGUCGCUCUCCCGCGGAGGGAAACGGGACCCAGAAGGCGAUCGACAAUAGGAGGCUGGACAGAGGAGGAGGACAAAGUUUUAAUAGCUGCUGUCCAGGAAUACAAUGGCAAGAGUUGGAAAAAGAUCGCUGAAAGGGUACCGAAUCGCAAUGAUGUUCAGUGCCUACAUCGCUGGAAGAAGGUCCUCGAUCCCGAUCUUGUAAAAGGACCUUGGAGCAAGAAGGAAGAUGAUCUUAUUGUUGCACUUGUUUCAAAGAAGGGCGCAAGUAAUUGGUCUGAAAUUGCGAAACAUUUGCCCGGUCGCAUAGGCAAGCAAUGUAGAGAAAGGUGGCAUAACCAUCUAAAGCCUGAUAUCAGGAGAACUGCAUGGACCAAAGAAGAGGAACUGACACUUAUUGAGGCUCACAAGGUGUAUGGCAACAAGUGGGCUGAAAUAGCCAAGUUACUAAAAGGAAGGACUGAAAAUAUGAUAAAAAAUCACUGGAACUGUUCAUUGAGAAAGAGAGUUGAACAUCAACUCAGAAAUCAGCACAUGGGAAAACAGAUUGAUUUAAAUUCUACAGUAGACGAAACUUGCAAAUCUCCCAGAAAUCAAGGAAUCGAUGUUCUGCAUCUUCCAUUUAGAGAAGUGCCCGAAAAGAGAGGCAUCGGUACGCAUGCAUCAACUGGCAAAAGAUCUUCCGUGGAUCUUGCAAAGUUGUCAUAUUCCCAUGAGCAGCGCAACUCUAGUAAUCCCGUGCACACAAUUACAGGAGUUUUUCUGUCCAUCUCUAAAACUCCUCCCAACAAUUUCCAGUCUCCGGACCGCAGCAUGAAACAUUGUAAAAUCCUAGAUCGCAAUAAAUGUUCGACUUCUUGGAGUUUUCCGAGUGGUCAUGUUGGAAUCACGACGGGUCCAUAUUUCUCAUGGACUCCACCAAGACAAGCCCAAGAAUUAUCUUUGAAAAGCUGCAUUUCCGAUCCUCCAAGACAAGUUCAAGAAUUGUCUUUUGAAAGCUGCAUUUCCGAAUUAAAGAGUGCGGCAAAGAGUUUCAAAAACAUCCCAUCUAUUAUAAGGAAGCGGAAAGUUCAAUCAACGAACGUCAGAGAACACGCGAGCGAGACAGUCAGCACCUCGGCCAUUGGCGAAAACAAGGACGGUUUUAACAACAUGUGCCAAUUGGUUUGUGAUACUGAUGUUGCAAACAGCACUGAACAGAACAUUCCUAAGCAACUUUUCCCGUCUCCUCCAAAGUCUCGGAAGCUUGGAACUUCGGCUAUAGAUUCGGUUGGAAAGAACCUAAAGAAUGCAUUUGAUGCUGCUGCUGAAGCCACUGCCCCUGGUAGCUGAUGAAACCCAUAUCUUGAUUGGCGGACCCUGUAAAUUCUGUAUAGGAUUCGUUUUAUCGACAGUACAGCAAAAUUAUUUGGUUCAACCCUCACAGGUCACAGUCUCUCUGGUCUGGACUAUACAUGCUGCCAAUGGAUUGACUGCUGCUUUUGCGAUUAUGGGUGUUGAGCGCUUAUUUUUGGGAAUAAAUCGGAUAAUUUAUGGGUUUCUUGCGCCCCAUCUUGUGCAGAAAUGCAAGUGUUUACUAGCAUGCAUAAAGAUAUUUGUAUCUGGAUUUUGACAUUUGUUCCGAUGAUGCUUGAAAUUUGUUA